GUCACGAUGGCCAUCAAGCGCGCGCUGGCGGCUCUCGUCGUUUUGGGACUGGCUGGGAUCCGUCAAGGUGGAGGAGUACAAGGGCUCGACACGGACUGCGAAGUCGACGCAGACUGCCCUGCAACGAUGGCAUGCGUGAAAAUCAAGUACCUAUCUCCGUCGUCGGACCAAGUCCGCGCAAAAUGUGCGCUGAAGAGCGUGUGCCGCGGUAGUAGCUCUGGCAAUUGCCCAAGCUACAACGCUCCUUCAGCACCGGGUGGCGAGCUCGAGACUCAGUGCGUUUUCGUGAACACGACUAAACUUCGCGGCAUCAAGUGCUGCGGCGGUACAUGGACGGGCGGCGACCCCGUCGAUGCUAGCGGUCGACGCUUGUCUGGCAAUUUGACGGAUCCGACAACUGUCGCGCCGACCGCGGACAGCGCCGAUUGCUUUCAAUGUUACGUCGACAACCUCAACAAGGCGGCGCACCCGACGAUCUACGUUGGGCAAUUCUUUUGUGUCCCCACGAAAGAGUGCCGCGCCCACAGUGCCUUCCCCUACGCUUGCAGCAGUGCCAACCCAUGCAUGUCGUCUCCCGGCGUGCUGUGCAACAACCAUGGCACGUGCUACCCCCAAGACAUAGACGACCCCAAGACAUCGUACGGCUGUGCUUGCGACUUGGGGUUUGGUGGCGACCAGUGCGAAAAGGUCCUUACUGAUGCUUGCUUGUUUGAUUGCGGAGACGGCAACACGAAAGGCGAGUGUGUGAACGAUGCAUGCAAGUGCAAGGAUGGCUGGACAGGCAAGCAGUGCCACAAGUGCGCGGCCGACGACGUGUGCAACGGAGGAUCUUGCAAUGUCGUAACAGGCCAGUGCGUGUGCCCGCUCGACUCGCUGUAUGACUUUUCGUGGAAGGCCAACAUUUGCUACAAGCAAGGUGUCAAAUCUGCGGCCGAUCUCAAGUUGUGUGAUGCCAUCUCGUGCGGAGACAAUGGAUUUUGCAUCGCUGGCAAGUGCUUUUGUUCGUCCGGGUGCACGGGCACAGUGUGCACGCCAUGUGCCGACUCGACAUGCGCGACGUGCACUUCCACAGCGGCGUUGGACGGACCGACCGUGUGGUUGGCAGCAGCUGUGCUCUUGCUAACGUGGCGCACGGUCGCAUAAGUCCCCCCGCUCGUCCAUUUGGUGGUUGCUCCCUUGCCCCUAUCUCAACACAAGGGCACGUGCAUGUCGUUGCGGCGUCGACCGCCGCCAUGGAUGCAUGUAUCUCACAGAUUUCAAUUGCCCUGGUUCGUCCGUAUUUCAUUGGUGGAUUGGAUUUUCAAUCCACCAAUCAAACGAUUCAUAAGGUAAACACUGCGUUCUGAUUGGA